ACAUGAUGAUAAAGGCGAUGCUUCUAGCAGUAGUACUUACUUUAGCCAUUUUCCAAUUUAAUUGUAACGUUGAAGCAGCAACUAAUAAGGAAUCGCCUCAUCCAAAACGAAAACCUGGUGGUUGCUAUAGAGAUGGAAUUGGCCAUUUAAAAGCUGGAGAAAAAAUCCCGGUUCCAAAAAAAUGUGAACAAGCCUAUUGUCUUGAAGAUAAGUCUGGAUCGAUGCAAAUAAUAAGCUGUGAUCCUGUUGAUAAAUCCUGGACUUGUGCUGACAAAGAGAAAACUUACCCGCAAUGUUGUCCCAGAAAAUGCACAACUAAGGACAGACUGGUUGGAUGUGCUUUGCGUUUAAUGAGGGCUCCAAACUGUUACAAAGAUAUCCCAGUAGAUUUAAGAAAGCCAUACCCCCACUGUUGUCCCGUCAAAUGUAUCAAGGAUCAUCUGUAACGAUAAUUUUUUCUCUUUUUGAAUUUCAUUUUGGUAAUAACUACAGUGGGUAUGUAUUUCCCCCAAGGACUACUUGAAGAAAUUGAUACACACAUGUUUUAGUUUAUUGUCUAAUACUUGUUUGCUUACUUGACCAUUAAACAGUUUU